GGACAAACAUGAGGUUCAGAUAAGAUAUGAUAAAAACGAAAUCUACUCUAUUUCACCAUAAUCAGUAAUAAUGAAAUACAGUUAGUUCUGUAUUAUUGUUGGUGUGUGGAUAAUGGCGAGUGUAAAACAAUGGGAUGGCACUAGAAGCUUUCUUGGGGUCCAUGGUGACUUAUUUUGCAGUUACAAGCACUAAAAACACUGGGAUAAUGUGAAAUGUACCGAAUGUAUGCAUAGAUGUGACCGCACUGGCUGGCUUGUAAACACUGGCGAUGAGGCCACACGUGGGACGCGUCCCGGACGAAUCACGUAAGGAGGUGGCAGGAGAACCAUAUGUCAGAAGGGUUGUCACUUCUGGAUUAUUUUGGUAGAAAGAAUUAGGGAUUUGUGUAGUACUGUAAUUGCUAUUAAGCACAUGCAGAAAAUAACUCAAUAGGAAACUCAGCAAUGGAUCGAUGGUAUUGGUGCAACUCCAGCUUAACAUCAGGUGAAGUGGUUAGCACAACAGUGAAUGGAAUUCGACUGUAUGAUGGUGACAAGAAAACUGGCUAUGAUGAUGGGCGUCUAACUUUAACAAAUCACCGACUACUUUGGCGGCAUGAAACUCAGUCUUCUUCAUUAGGAUUACACCUUAGUCUUGUAGUAUUAGUUGAAGAAGAAGCAGGCAGUUUUACUUCAAGUCCAAAAUUAUUGCUUCACCUAGCUCAGCCACCACAUAGUCAACCAGCAGGUCCUGUAGCUGCUAGUUCAAAUUCUUUUAUAAAAUUGUCAUUUAAACAUGGUGGAUAUAGUAGUUUUCACCAGGUACUACAAAAAGCGAUUGAUAAUCAUGGAUGGGAAAAAGCACCUUCCCUUCCAUGUAACUAUGGAAAACAGCCUGGAGGAAAGGCAAUUCACACUGGCAUUCUAGGUAUUGAACGUGCAAUCCAGGCCAAACAAGAGGAGACCAACCAGAAUAUAAGUCAUGCCUUUGAAGAUCUGAAGAAUCUAAUGGGCCUUGCCAAGGAUAUGGUGUCUCUUUCAAAAAGUAUCUCAAACAAAAUUAAAGAGCGAUCUGGAGACGUAUCAGCAGAUGAUACAACACAAUUCAGAUCUUAUCUUCUAAGUCUUGGUAUUGAUGACCCGGUUACAAGAGAAGCUUUUGGCUCAGAAACACAAUAUCAUCAUAAUCUGGCUAAAGAAAUUACCCAGGCCUUAGAAGACCCAGUGAAAGAAGCAGGAGGUGUGAUGCUGCUUUCAGAGGUUUAUUGCCGCAUUAAUCGUGCUAGGGGACUCCAGUUGCUAUCUCCAGAAGAUGUUAUGCAUGCAUGUCAUGUAAUGAAAAAAUUGGGCCUCUCACUUAAUCUUCACACAUUUGAAUCAGGUGUUCAGGUAGUACAGAUAACUGGACUUGAUCAAGAGAAGGUAGUGGAGGCAACUGUUGAGGUACUGAAUUGUCAUGAGGUUGAUGGAGUAUCAGCUGGAGACUUAGCAAGGGAUUGUGGCAUGCCCCUUCUCUUGGCUCAGGAAAGGCUUUUACAGGCUGAACAGUGUGCUAAAGCUGUAAGAGAUGAAUCAAGUGAAGGUUUACGUUUUUUCCCAAAUCUUUUCUUUUCACGUUCUUAGGUUUUGUACAAGCUAUGAUUUUCAAGUUUUUCAAAACUUUAUCAAUCACCUGAAGUUUAAUUAUUUUAAGAAGCUUGAACCUGUUAAGCUUAAAACAGAUAGAUGUCUUGAUAUUGUGAAUCUGUUUUAUGGAAUGUCGUCUAGGCUUUUUGUCUUGUUAGAGUACCUCCUAUUUAUAAUUUAAAAUAAUUCUGUUGAUUCACUCCCAGUCAAGGAAGGGGGGGAAUCUUGAUAUUCUCAAGGGUGUUUGAUCCAAAGAACUGAAGAUACCCUUCCUCUCUUUUUGAUUAAACCUGAUUGCCUCUCAUUUCCUUGGAGGUUUAGUGCUUCCCCAUGAAUAUAAUUGUGAUGGGUGUGCAUUUCUGGCAAGACAGCUAUUAAGUGAAUAAUGGUGAAUAUUUCCUUUCCUGGGAGAUAGUCGAUGUAAAUAAAAAUAUAAAAAUUACAAUUAUCAUAAUACAUACAGUAUUGAUAUUGCUGUAUUAUUAUUAUUAUUAUUAUUAUUAUUUGUUUUUAUUAUUAAUAUUGGUUCACAAAGUUUGCAAGAGUUAAAAAAAUUUUCUUACAAAGAAUAAUGGAAAAGUGGUUGCCAUAUAUAAAAGCAUAUUUAAUGUUAUGUUUGUGUAUGCAUGUAUGUACAAUAUAUAUGUGCGUGCACAUAUUCAUCAGGGGGAAGUAGGUUCAGUAUCUUGGAUUAGGAACCUUUCGUUGACCUUAUCUGUGAAGGGUUAGAAUGCUGUUAGAAAAUAUUCAAAUAUGAACUUCCUUAAUAUGUAUAGUUGCUAGUAUGUAGGACAUUUGAAUGUUCUGUGAUGGAAGUUAUAUAUCAGCAUGUGUAAUGUUGUGAAGGAAAAUAAAGCGUUCUCAGAGUGUACUGUUUAAAUUUAGGCAUUACAAUAACAUUUUUAUUCAGGGAAUAUAGUUCUGUACAAGCUUGAAACUGCUUAUUUUGUACAACAAUUGAAAACAAAAGAACUACAAAGUUUGACAAAAUUAUUCACAUGCCUUUGUGAUUUACUUGUAAUGGUAAGUUUUUAAUGCUGUACAGUAUUUGUAAUAAUAAUUUUUUUUAAUUUCAUAAGUGUCUAAGCAGACCUGUGGAGUAGGUGCUCUAUGACCUAAAUGGGCUUAGUGAUUCCCCUGAAUAAAAUAUGAAAAACUUGUGGAGUACAUGCAAGUAUCUGUUUAGGGUUGAUACCUCAGGAGAGGUGCCUUAAUGCUAGUGAGGGGGCUCUUGAUCCAAGGAACUGAACUUAACCUCUCCUUGGAUUAAACAUGAAUGCAUCCCAUUUCCCAGGUGUUCUGUGACCCCUAUACCCUUUAGAGUUGAUAAAUGUCAAUAUUGUAUACAAAAGUGCAUUAUUAAUUCAUAGAUCCUUUUUCUGGAGUCCUUGAUGCUGCCAACAGAAGGAGCAUCAACUUUCUUGCUGACAAUCCUUUAUUUUAAGUCAUUAUCUUAAUAAACUUUUAAAAUCUUU